UUAGUAAAAUCUAUUGGCGAGUCCUGAAAUAGAACUUUGUCUGAGUUAUCUAGCGAAGUAGACGCUAGACUUUGACGUGUACUAAAACAGUACUACAUUUGGAAGAUAUCAAUUAGUUUCAAAAUGAAUAGUUUAAGAGAAAAGGACGUUGACUAUGUGAAUGAAGAUAAAGACCAUGAUCAAGGUAUGGUGGGCUCCCACCUAGUGUCGAGGCAACCGUACAAGGCGGCCCUGAAUGAUGGCAAUCAAGCAAACAAUUAUAGUGCCGAAGUAACAAGUAAGAUGCAAAAUGACAGGAACUUUAGGAUGUCAAAUAUGAAACCAGGAGUAGAAUGGAUCGGCAUUGGCACUGGACACACGAUGAUACAUAAAGAUGAGUACGAAAGUAUCAACUGGGAGUCUUAUGGUAUCGCCACAAGGUCUUUACUUCGUCUAACCUUUCCAAGACAGAUCUUGGCGACCCAUUGUUUGAGUAGGAAGAAUUCACAACCCUUCCCAAGUCAAGCAAAAAUGUAUUUGGAUCCGAGAAAAGUUGCCGAUAUAAUUCAGGAGGUAAUGAAGAAAUGUGGUGCCCCAGAAAAUAAGAUCCGGAGCAUCAUUACAUCUACAUGCGCUGAUGAGGCCAGGAUACGCAAAGCACGUAUGAGACAGAUACCGUUUGCUAAAGUAAACAACGAAAACCUUCCACCACCAACAGCCGAGGCUGCUACACCACCACCAGCAGCUGAAUAAGGAGUAAGAACAGGCUGGAGAAGUUGAUAACCUACCCAUGUUGAAACCAUUGACCAAUACCAUAGCAUUAAAACUGGGUGCUUAUGGGACGACGUGCUCCAUCGUAGACUGCAUCAUUGCUUACCACCAGGCGAGAUAGAGGUCAAACGUCAUCCUAUAAAAUAUAAAAAAAAUCUGAGCCUGACCUACCAUAUUACUAUUCAAUUCACGUCAAUUGACCACCGUUUUUAGAACCAACUACGGUACGGUAUUUAAGUUUCAUUUUAAAAUAAAUAACACUUACUUGUUUCUAGUUUACGAACAUAUAAGCCAUUAUAAGCAAGUAUUUUUAGCAUUUAAAGAACAGCACUGACAAGACAGGGUCUCAUGAAAACAAAAUAUCUAAUUACUUUGCCAAUAUACUGUGAUGACAUUUAAGAUUUUUAACCCUAGGAAAACCCUAUAAUGUUAGUCCGUUUGACCCGAUUUAGAUAAUGUUAGUUUCAAAUUACUAAUAUAUCAUCUGGAUUGGUAAGUACAUAAUACCUACUUACUAUUUUACACUGACUAGGUACCUCUUAAUAUUAGUGUUACGAAAGAGGCUCAUUGUCAAUUAGAGACUGUAAUAAUUACACACUAAAAUUGAAUGUGUAGGGUAAACCACCCAAUUAUUGGCACUUUAAGCAGCUUCUUCACAAAACCGGUAAAAUUUUCAUAUAAAAAUAUGUUUUAACAAAGACAAAAGCAUUCAUAUUGGUCUUCUAAUCUCUGCAGAAUAUUAUAAAGUACUUGUCAUUAAUAAAUUAUAUCGUUUUCUUUAA